UAGUCACGCGUACAAGUUGAUCAUUGUGAAUUCCGUGUCCUUCGCCAUUUUCCACUUCUGUUCACCGACUCUCCUUUGGCCAUGGCUGCCAGGGCCUUCCCCUCUUCCUCUUCUUCCUCCCAUCCCAGCUGGACCUACGACGUCUUCUUGAGUUUCAGAGGCGGCGACACGCGCAAGAGCUUCACAGAUCACCUCUACUUCGCUCUCACAGAUGCCGGAAUCAACACCUUCAGAGAUGACAACGAGCUCCGAAGAGGAGAAGAUCUCACAUCCGAACUCUUCUCGGCAAUCCAAGGGUCCAGAAUCUCUGUCAUUGUCUUCUCUAGGAACUACGCGGAGUCCAAGUGGUGCCUGGAGGAACUUGUGAAGAUCAUGGAGUGCCGAAGAACGGUGAGGCAACUGGUUCUGCCAAUCUUCUACGAUGUUGAACCGUCGGAUGUGCGCCACCAAACGGGUAGUUUUGUGAAAGCAUUUUUGAAACAUGAAGAGCGUUACUUGUUGGACAAGGUAAUCAGGUGGAGGGAAGCUCUGGUUGAGGCUGCUAAUUUGUCCGGAUGGGAUCUAAGAAACACUGCAGACGGGCAUGAAGCUAAGUUUAUUAGGAAAAUUGUUGCAGCGGUUUCAAGGGAACUCAAUAGCACGUACUUAUAUGUCACACUCUACCCGGUUGGAGUAGAUUCUCGUGUGCAAGACAUCACCUCAUUGUUAGGGGUUGGAGCCGAUGAUGUCCGCAUGGUAGGAAUUUGGGGAAUGGGCGGAACUGGAAAAACAACCAUUUCUAAAGCCAUAUAUAACAAAUUUUUUCUUAGUUUUGAAGGUAAGAGUUUUCUUCCAAAUAUUAGGGAAACUUCUAAGCAACCCAAUGGUCUGGUUCAAUUACAGAAGCAACUUCUUUCUGAUAUCUUGAAGAUGGACAAGACAAAGGUGAACAAUGUUGAUACUGGAAUUGCUAUAAUACAAGAAAGACUUCGUCAUAGAAGGGUGCUUCUUAUACUUGAUGAUGUAGACCAGUUGGAGCAACUCAAUGCCAUAGCUAGAAGUCGUAAUUGGUUCGGUCCAGGAAGUAGAAUUAUUAUAACAACUAGAGAUGAGCAAUUGCUAAAGAUGCUUGAAGUAGAUGCAUUAUAUACAACAAAAGAAAUGAGUGAAAUUGAGUCUCUAGAGCUCUUUAGUUGGCAUGCCUUUAGGAAAAGUUCUCCAACUGAUGAUUAUAUGGACUUGUCAAGAGGAAUCGUUGCUUAUUCUAGAGGAUUACCACUAGCUCUUGAAGUUCUGGGUUCUUUUCUAUUCUCUAGGAGCAUGCAGGAAUGGGAAAGCACAUUUGAGAAAUUGAAAAGGAUUCCUCAUGAUCAAAUUCAAAAAAAGCUUAGAAUAAGCUUUGAUGCACUAAGCGAUAGUACUCUGAAGGAUAUAUUCCUUGAUAUAUCCUGUUUCUUUAUCGGAAUGGACAAAAACUAUGUUAUACAAAUAUUGGAUGGAUGUGGUUUUUUUGCAGAGAUUGGAAUUAGUGUCCUCAUUCAGCGGUGUCUUCUUUCAGUUGGUGAGAGAAACAAGCUCAUAAUGCAUGAUUUGCUUCGAGAUAUGGGAAGAGAAAUUGUUCAAGAAGAAUUCCCCAAAAUACCGGGAAAGUGUAGUAGAUUAUGGUUGCAUAAAGAUGCACUUGAUAUAUUGGCAAAGCAUGAGGGAACAGAAGCAGUUGAAGGACUUACUUUAAAAUUUCUAAAACUAAGUGAGGUUACUUUCAGUACAACAGCAUUUAUAAAGAUGCAGAGAUUGAGAUUACUCCAACUUGAUCAUGUACACCUCACUGGAGAUUAUGAACAUCUUUCCAAAGAGUUAAGGUGGCUCCGUUGGCACGGAUUCCCUCGAGAGUUUAUGCCAAACGACUUUUACUUAAGAAACCUAGUUGCGAUUGACUUGCGAUAUAGCAAUCUUACACAAGUUUGGAAAAAUUCCGAGCAACUGUUCGAAGAGUUGAAAUUCCUAAAUCUCAGUCAUUCCUAUAACCUGACUCGGACUCCUAACUUUGCAAGACUCCCUAAUCUUGAGAAACUAAUACUCAAAGAUUGUACGAGUUUGUUUGAGGUUCACCAGUCUAUUGGAGAUCUUAAUAAUCUCAUUUUGGUAAAUUUGAAAGAUUGCAGAAGUCUUGAAAGUCUGCCAAUGAGUUUCUAUAAGUUGAAGUCUCUUCAAACUCUCAUUCUUUCUGGUUGUUAUAAAUUUGACAAUUUGGCUGAUGAGUUGGGGGAGAUGGAAUCCUUGACAACUUUUCUUGCAGAUAACACUGCUAUAACACAAGUGCCACGUACCAUAGUACAAUUGAAGAACCUCACAUGCUUGCAGUUGUGUGGGUGUAAAGGAUUGCCAUCUAAGUCACUCCCUUCACUCCUUUGGUCCUGGAUAUCUCCUAGGAAAAGUCCGAAGUCAGUCAAUCUAUUGCCUGCUUCAUUACAAGGCUUGAACGCACUAAGAAAAUUAUCUCUUAGAGAUUGCAAUUUAUCAGAUGAUGCAAUUCCUAAAGAUCUUGGAAGUUUAUAUUCCCUUGAAUCUUUAAAUCUAGAAAACAAUCAUUUUCGUAGCCUACCAUCGAGCCUUGGUGGUCUUUCGAAGCUUCGAAGGCUCAUUUUGGAUAAUUGCACAAAGCUUCGAUCUAUUCCAGAUUUACCACCAGAUUUGAAAUAUCUAGAGGUCAAUAAUUGCAAUAAAUUAGUCGAGAUUCCGGUCUUGAAAAAGUUGUUCAAGUCCAUUUGGGAGAUUCAAUUGGCAGGGUGCAGCAGUUUAACAAAUACUUUUAAACAAAGCAUCAUAAAGGAAUGGAUCACUCGGAGUGACAUUAAUCUUUAUGGCAUUUUUCUACCUGGCAAUGAUAUUCCUGAUUGGUUUACGUGUAAGAAUGAGGGACCCUCCGUAUCUUUUGAAAUGACUCACAUUUUUCCUAAUUGGUUCACAAUAUGCAUUGUUUAUUCAUCAUGUCCUGACAAGAUGGUAGAUCGUGAUGCAACCAAUUCUUUCCCUCUAAACCUUACAGUAAUCAAUUAUAGCAACAGUACAACUCGGGCUACAAUUGCAUAUGAACUACCAAUCGCCCAUGACGUUGAAGAUCACAUUUGCCUAAUCCAUGUUGCUAAACGUUGGUUCGGUUUGGAGUGCGGUGACCAAGUAAAGGUUAUCGUAGAUUGUGGGCCACGAGUCAAUGUUAAGAAAACAGGGGUUGUUGAUGGAAGUGGGAUUCAUUAUGCCUCUACAUCGAAUAAGGAUGCCAUUGUUGUUAGUGACGAUGGAGAUAAAUCUAUGGAGUCUAAAAGAGGCCUUGGUGAUGAUAAAUCAUAUUCAAGCCAUGGUAGCUUUGACGACGAUCGAGAGGCUAAACGAUUUGAUUUGUAUUCAAAGAUUUCAAUGUUGAUUCUCAUUUUUCUUUUAAUUUUGUAUAUAUUUAUUCUGAAGUUGUUUUAACGAGUUCUUUUGGCUUCGCUGGAGAACUUUCAAUCUUUGAUUUGAUUUUCUGUUGGUUUGAA